AUGGGUGUCAAGUCACUGUGGUCUCUUUUGGAUCCAGUCGGCAGACCGGUACUACUCGAGACGAUGGAAGGGAAAGCUAUGGCUAUUGAUUCAAGUAUCUGGAUAUACCAAUUCCAAGCAACGAUGCGCGACAAGGAAGGCCGCGGAUUGGUUAACGCGCAUGUGCUGGGUUUCCUGCGCCGUAUCUGCAAACUUUUAUUCUACGGCAUCCAGCCGGUGUUCGUCUUUGAUGGAGGCGCACCCACUUUGAAGAGGGCGACUAUUGCCGAGCGGAAGAAGAAAAAGAGCGGUGCUGCGAUCAGCCAUGCGAAGCUUGCAGAAAGGUUACUUGCUGCACAGAUGAGACGGGAAGCACUCUGUCACGUUCAGGCCAAGUCCUCCGAUGGCAAGGGGAAAGGCAAAGCGCCUGCAGGUCCGGUCACUCUGGAUGAGAACACUGUCUACCUGGAGGAUCUCGAUGAAAAUACUCCUAGAACUCCCCCAAAGAAAGUUCCGCAGGACGGAGGGCAGCCUUCACCUCCAUCGUCCAAGAAGAAGUCCCGCUGGCAGGAUCACGAUCCCUACAAACUCCCAGAGGUAAAUCUUGAGGACGUUAUCGCCAAAGCGACUCGUUCGUCGGUUCCUGACCCACGCCUUGCGACGGAAGAAGAACUGAGCGCGUUCAUCGAAGAGAUGCGUCCGGAAGAUUUCGAUGUCACGUCUCCCGCAUUCCACGAACUACCGACAGAAGUCAAGUAUGAAAUUGUAGGCGAUUUGAGGCUCAAGUCUCGUCAGACGUCUUAUAAACGUCUCCAAAACAUGUUGAGGAAUGCGAAGACACCUCUUGACUUCUCUAAGGAGCAAAUCAAGAAUUUGAAGCAGCGCAACUCUCUGACCCAGCAGCUACUCGUAACCACCGACAGUAUCGGUAAGGCUCAUGUCCAAAUCCCCAUCCGGAUCGCGAGCGAACGAAAUCGAGAGUACUUGCUAGUCAAGAACGAGGGGGAAGGUGGCGGUUGGGUGCUGGGCAUACGCGACGAGGGUACCCAAUCGAAGCCAAUCGAAAUCGACCAAAACCAGGAGAAGGUAGAGGAAAAAGAGGGCAGCGAUGACGAUGAAAAUAUGGAAGAAGUGGAUAUAUCCGCGAAAAACACGCCGUAUGACUUAGACCUAAGAGAACUUCGAAGGGGUCAAGCAUUAACUGCUCUCGCCAAGCGAUACACGCCGAAGAAGUUAGCUCCUCUUACUACAAAGAUCAAGAAACCCAAGCCCAGGUCCCAACCGUUAUUCGCGCCCGAUGAGGAUGAGGAACCGGCGGUCCAAGCGUCGGAGGACGACGGCGAGCUUUCUCUGGCCAUACAGCAGUCACUAGUGUAUGAGGAAGAGUCCAACCUGCGAAGAGCCCUGGAAGCAUCGAGAUCUGAGAUGGCUAGCUCUUAUGGAUCAAACAUUGGCGCGUCGACAUCGAGCUCUACUUCAGCACUUGCUGGACCCUCCACUCCUCCGCAUCAUGCGUCCACGUCCCGGAUAGAAGGCAGGUUAUCGAUGGACCUUGAAUCAGAUGAUGACGACAUGUAUGCGUCUCCCACAAGACUAGAGACAGCGUUGUCCAUUGGUGGCGCAGGUCCACUGAGGAGGCCACUCUCACACGCUGCACAGCCAAUGGCAAAUUCGCCAUCUAGUCGACGGCAACCUACGUUUGGCGUUCCCACAUUGCUGUUACCUCGACAGUCGCCGAUCUCUGUAGCCCCGCAUCCGCCACCAGCAAUCACAGUAUCGGACUCGGAAGACGACAUGGAGGAGGUACCCGUGCCGCCCCCUUCUGCUCCCUCGUCCGUGCAAAGUGUAGCGAGAUUGUCAACAGCGAUUAUGCAGCUGCCAAGCCCACCUCAACGUCCUCGUUCUCCGUCACCCCUUACUGCUCCCUUAGAGUCGGACUCUGACGACGAUAUGCAGGAAGUACUGCCUUCUGUUCCGGCGCAAUCAAGAUCUCAGCAGUCUGCCGAUACGGCAGCGGAGUUUCGACCAACAUCAACACCUGCAACGCCUCUAGCUGCUCCUGAACUAGAUAUUCACUCGGUGCCUCCACGAUUAUCAGGCCCAUCUACAAAUAGAGACACCGGCGAAGCCUUGGGUGUUCCUCAAGAGCGUUCGCAUUCGCCUUCGCCGGCCCUCCAGUUCAAAAUUAAUUAUCAUUCAAACGAAGAUGAAGGAGCCUCAGGGUCUGAGAACGAAAACGAGCGUUGGUCUCGCUCUCCAUCUCCCACUACCGGGCCUUCUCAAGACAAAACUGCACCCGCAGUGUCUACAGCAGAAGGGUGGGACCCGGCGGAGGAGAUGGACCCGCAGGCUGAGGAAGGCGAAUUCGCACGGUUCAUAUCGCAGGUCAAAGGCAGAGACCUCGACACCGUGAGGCGCGAGAUUGACGACGAGAUCUCUGCGCUGAACCAGCAGAAGAAAGUCGCGAUGCGGGAUUCGGAAGACAUAACACAGCAGAUGAUUUCGCAGAUUAUGAUCAUGCUACGCCUCUUCGGUAUCCCAUACAUCACAGCGCCCAUGGAAGCAGAGGCACAAUGUGCGGAGCUGCUUGCGCUGAACCUGGUUGACGGUAUCAUCACAGAUGACUCUGACGUAUUCCUCUUUGGAGGUAUGCGAGUGUUGAAGAAUAUGUUUAACCAGUCCAAGACAGUGGAAUGCUUCUUGUUACCGGACCUCGAGCGUGAACUUGGCUUAGACCGCGAUAAACUCAUACGGUUGGCUUAUCUACUGGGCAGUGAUUACACCGACGGCCUUCCUGGGGUUGGUCCCGUCGUUGCUAUGGAGCUGCUGAAGGAGUUUCCUGGGCAGGACGGACUUCACAAAUUCAAGGACUGGUGGCAGAAGAUCCAGAGCGGAAGAGACAAGCCCGAGGAUACGCAGUCAAAAUUCCGCAAGCGUUUCAAGAAGAGAUUUAAAGAACUAUAUUUGCCGGACGACUGGCCAAACGCUGCUGUCAGAGACGCGUACCACCAUCCGACGGUAGAUGAAUCCGAAGAACCGUUUAAAUGGGGUUUGCCCGACCUGGAUGCCCUUCGCCACUUCUUUAACUCAGAGCUGGGGUGGAGUCCCACAAAAGUGGAUGAUCUUCUGCUACCGAUCAUUCACAAGAUGGGCAAGCGAGGACAAAGUUCUGCAAUGAACAAGCAAGGAAAUCUGAAUAGUUUCUUUGAUGUUCCUAUAGGUGGUGCCCACGCGCCUAGGAAGCGGCAAGCAUACGGCAGCAAGCGUCUUCAAGAUGUUCUCACCGACUUCAGAAAAAAACGCGACCAAGCGGAGCGUGUUCCGGGUGCCUCCGCUGACUCAGGCGAAGAGUCGGCAGAGAAGCCAGCGAAGAAAAGGAAGACAAAUGGCGCCAAGGUCAAAGGCAAGGAACGUACUGCUCGUGGUAAGACCGCUCGAGGAGGGAAAGCAAGGAAGUCCAGGAAACGGAAACAGUCGACUGCGGCAAGUGAGGAAGACCAGAAUGAUCAGGACGCUGUGGUGCCCGCACAGACGAACAGCCCUCCCCCGUUGUCGGUCAAUCUACGACCUCGUCCUAAACCCAAACCUGCGUAUAAGGAAGGGAUAACUGAGCCGGCCUCGGACGAUGGUGACAUUGAUGAUAGUUGA